GUCUGCAUUGCUGGGAAGACAUUGACAAGUUAAAUUGUUUUCCUAAGCUCGAGGAAGUGAAAUUGCUAGGAAUCCCUUUGCUGCAGUCCUACACCACUGAGGAACGCAGGAAGCUGCUAAUAGCCAGGUUGCCAUCUAUCGUCAAGCUCAACGGAAGCAUCGUUGCCGAUGGGGAGCGAGAGGACUCGGAGCGAUUCUUCAUCCGAUAUUACAUGGAGUUCCCAGAGGAAGAAGUCCCAUUCAGGUAUCAUGAACUGGUCACAAAGUACGGGAAGCUGGAGCCCUUGGCAGUCGUGGAUCUUCGGCCACAGAGCAGCGUGAAGGUGGAGGUUCACUUCCAGGAUAAGGUGGAAGAGAUGUCGAUCCGUCUCGAUCAGACUGUGGCAGAAUUGAAGAAGCACUUAAAAACUGUAGUGCAGUUGUCAACAAGCAACAUGCUGCUCUUCUACUUGGACCAGGAAGCUCCUUUUGGUCCCGAGGAGAUGAAAUACAGCUCGCGAGCACUGCAUUCUUACGGCAUUCGGGAUGGAGAUAAAAUUUAUGUGGAACCCAGAAUGAAAUAGCCUUUUUGACCUUGUGAGUGCACGUACGUGCACACACCUGCCCCACACACCCACACACAUGCAUUAAGGAGUUUUUGCAAGGUUUUUAUUUCGGUCGGUUGGUUGAGGUUUGGUUGCGUUUCUGUAGCAGGUAAUUUCUUAGCCCGGAGGAAGUGCCCUGAUCUGAGAACCAUGCCCGCCAUCCACUGCAGGUGACCUUGAGGUGACACUUGACUUCGGUGCAUGUGUUUCAGUGUGUGCAAUACCUUGAUGUUUUCUUCGACGCUCCGGUAUACUCGUGAUUUGGC